UUUUUCCCCCUCAAAUAAAGAUUGGAAGCCAGGGGGCGUGUCCACCCUGACGUCAUCAGCGCUCAGUCGACCACUGAGGGGAAAGAAGACGAGGAGCCUCUUCACAUUGCCUGCACUAAAAUUGACAUCAAAUCAUUCCCAUAAGGGUCGUACGCGCCCGAGGAGUCAGCGACGAGCAACGGCGGUGGCGUUUCCGUAGUCCUCCGCGUCCCCUACAGUUGUCCCCGAAUGCGCUCGGACCGCUCCUGAUCCCUCCCUCACCCUAGCGAGCAUCCGGCACCUCCUCAUCCCGAGAUGGACGACGACGGCCGUUACCGGGACAACCGCUCCGACUUCAUCCGCGGCGCCAAGGACAUCGCCAAGGUGGCCAAAAAGCAGGUGGGCAAGAAGAUGGGCCGCGGCGUGGACAAGAUGGCCGACGAGUACACCCGUCGCUCCUACAAGCGUUUCGAGGAGGAGGAGGACGACGACGACUACGCGGGGGUCCCCGGCGGCCAAGACGGCGGGGGCUACUACCGCAACGACAGCCGCGCCAACGACGACGAGGCCCACAGCGACUCCACCGAGGGUCACGACGAGGACGACGAGAUCUACGAGGGCGAGUACCAGGGCAUCCCGCGGGGAGAGUCGGGCAAGGCGGACGGCGCGGCGGCCGUGCAGGUGCAAGCGCAGCACUUCCGGGACCUGUCGGUGUACGAAGGCGAGCGCAGGAAGGACCAGGAGGAGCUGGCCCAGCAGUACGAAAGCAUCUUGCAGGAGUGCGGACACGGCAAGUUUCAGUGGACUCUCUACUUCGUGCUGGGACUGGCGCUCAUGGCCGACGGCGUGGAGAUCUUCGUGGUAGGGUUCGUGCUGCCCUUCGCCGAGAAGGACAUGUGCCUGUCGGAGCCCAACAAGGGCAUGCUGGGCCUGAUCGUAUAUCUAGGCAUGAUGGUGGGUGCGUUCGUGUGGGGCGGCCUGGCCGACCGCAUCGGGCGACGGCAAACCUUGCUCAUCUCGCUGUCCAUCAACAGCGUCUUCGCCUUCUUCUCGUCCUUCGUGCAAGGCUACUCGUCCUUCCUCUUCUGCCGCCUGGCCUCGGGAGUCGGCAUCGGCGGCUCCAUCCCUAUAGUCUUCUCCUACUACUCGGAGUUCCUGGCUCAGGAGAAGCGAGGGGAGCACCUGAGUUGGCUCUGCAUGUUCUGGAUGAUCGGCGGCAUUUACGCCUCGGCCAUGGCUUGGGCCAUCAUCCCGCACUACGGCUGGAGCUUCCAGAUGGGCUCGGCCUACCAGUUCCACAGCUGGCGCGUCUUCGUACUGGUGUGCGCCUUCCCCUCGGUGGCGGCCAUCUCGGCUCUCACCACCAUGCCAGAGAGCCCGCGCUUCUACCUGGAGAACGGGAAACACGACGAGGCCUGGAUGAUUCUCAAGCAGGUCCACGACACCAACAUGAGGGCCAAAGGAUACCCGGAGAGGGUCUUCUCUGUGACCACCAUCAAAACAGUGAAGCAGAUGGACGAGCUGGUCAACUUGGGAGACGGCGCCGCCUGGCACGAGAAAUGGAGGAUUAAGCUCACCACGCUUUUCCAUCAGGUUUGGAGUAAUUUCCAGACAGUUUUCUCCCCCGAGUACCGCCGCACCACCUACAUGAUGAUGGCCGUCUGGUUCUCCAUGUCCUUCAGCUACUACGGUCUGACGGUGUGGUUCCCCGACAUGAUCAAGUACCUUCAGAAGCAGGAGUACGCGUCCCGCACUAAAGUCUUUGUCAAGGAGAAGGUGGAGCACGUCACCUUCAACUUCACGCUGGAGAACCAGGUGCACCGCCAGGGCGAGUACUUUAACGACAAGUUCAUGAACCUGAAAAUGAGGUCCAUGGUGUUUGAGGACUCAUUGUUUGAGGAAUGCUACUUUGAGGACAUCACUUCAAGUAACACUUUCUUCAAGAACUGUACCUUCAUCGCCACACUCUUCUACAAUACAGAUCUGUUCAAGUACAGGUUGGUCAACAGCCGACUGAUCAACAGCACCUUCCUGCACAAUAAAGAGGGCUGCCUGCUGAGCGACGUGAGCGACGAGAACAACGCCUACAUGGUCUACUUUGUCAGCUUCCUGGGCACCUUGGCCGUGUUGCCGGGCAACAUCGUGUCGGCGCUGCUCAUGGACAAAAUCGGACGGCUCAGGAUGCUCGCGGGGUCCAGCGUGAUUUCCUGCGUCAGCUGCUUCUUCCUAUCGUUCGGCAACAGCGAGUCAGCCAUGAUCGCGCUGCUCUGCCUGUUCGGCGGCAUCAGCAUCGCCUCCUGGAACGCCCUAGAUGUGCUGACCGUCGAGCUCUACCCGUCUGACAAGAGGACCACGGCGUUCGGUUUCCUCAACGCGCUGUGCAAGCUAGCGGCCGUGCUGGGCAUCAGCAUCUUCACGUCCUUCGUGGGCAUCACCAAGGCGGUCCCCAUCCUGUUCGCCUCUGGGGCGCUGGCGGCCGGCAGCUUCCUGGCCCUCAAACUGCCCGAGACCAGGGGUCAGGUGCUGCAAUAAUCCGUCGCCGUCGGAGGUGAGGUGGAGUUUUAGUCGCAAUCGGGUUGAACGGAAUCGCAAUUUGAAGGCUCCCCGGGUCCUGGAACUGGGAGGCUCACGAUUCCGAGCCGUACAAAAAUCCAAUAUCCCAUCCGCACAUUCGCAAAUAUUUCCAUUCGAUGCCUUUUUUUUCUGAAAGAGGCGUUUCAUUGGUGGCCAUUUUGUUGUCGACGAAGCAUUCCUGGUCGGUUUUCUCGCGGCGGGCGCUAACAAAGCUCCUUCUUGCCCUUUAAAUUUUCUUUUCGAAAGUCACGGAGUGUCCGUUUAAAGCACAAAAGUAGUGUGAGUGUCCGCUAGUUUUGUCGCGAUUUCAACGCGACAAAAUUGGCGUACGCCGUUUCGCUUUUUAGCCAGGCCUGUAAAUCCCUUUGUAAAGAAAAAGCAUUCCCCGUACCUUUCCUAGCCGCCCCCGCCACCUCGUCUUAUGCAUGUCCAAGUAUGUACAUGUAUGUAAAUGGAUGUAUGUACACGUAUGACUAUCGGGAACUGGAAAAAUAUGUACAUGUGAGGCCAAAAUGAUGCUUUUCUAUUGAUUCUCAAGCGGGAAAGCGUCAUUAUUGUCGCUUUCUGAGUGGUUGUAAGCUAGUGUUGCACCGAUAGUAGUACGACUAGUAUGUGUACCGAUACAGCACUAAAAUGAUGUCAUUGGUAUCGGCGAAUACUGAGAAAUAACGUGCCGAUGCUGCGAUAUGUGUACUUUUCGAGAGUUUCUAAUCGCUGGUUGCCCUUACCAAGAUGGCCGAUGUGAAAAAUCACGAUGAUGUUGGACGUCCAAUUGUGUGGCGUUCAAUCAUCCUUUUGCUGUGAAUUUAAAUGAGUGUGUUGCUAGUAGAUGUCCAAUCUAUUUGAAGUGGGAGGGCUGGCACCCAUGUCCUUAUUAAGGUCAAUGAGUCAAAAGCAGAUGUGUCGACAUCGAUUAAAUAACCUCUUGAGAAAUAAGCAAGUUAGGACUUCAUUUUAAUGUCAAUGCAUUGACUUGGAUGGGAAAGUCGCCCCUACCAAUAUGGCUGCCCUUAAGACAUUAUGGUAGGAGCAAUGAAAUGCUUCUGUUUUGAAUUGACAUGAGUUUUUCACCAUAAGAUGUCCAAUUCACUUGAAACGGGAGGGAGAAGGUUCAUUCGCUGCCAACCCUCCCCUUCAAAUUUAUUUCUAAAGUAAAAUAUGAUCAAUGUCAGUACAUCUGCUAUUCACUCAUUUUUUGCCAUUGACCUCUAUAGAUGUCCAAUUUGAAGUGGGAGGGACGG